CUUUAAAUUUUAGUAUUUUUUCACUCAAAAGUUCCGCGAUUCCAACAAUGACCGAGAAGGAAACCAGUGACAACCCCAAGCAGAAAAAUACUCCACCAAUUCCGAAUGCGGUCAUCGAUCGUCAAGGCGAUGGCGAUGGAAAACAGUGGGGCUACGAUUUGUACCCCGAACGCCGGGGUGAAAAGUACAAACCAAGCUGGGGACGAGUGUUGCUGGGUAUCGAGGGUACCGAAAAUCUGGACAAAAUCAAAUGCGAACGGAAUGUGUACUCCUGCAUCAAGAACAGCCCCAUGGUGAAGCUGAUGAUGGGCGCGCUCAAGAGCUCUGGAUGCGCCAUCGAUAUUCGGCGGCACAUUGCCUGCGAGGUGUGUGACGUGUCCGUUAGCGGUGGCUACGAUCCGGUGCUGAAUCAGGUGGUCGUUUGCCAAAACAUUGCCCGCAACGAAGGCAUCGUUCAGGGAGUGCUGACGCACGAAAUGAUUCACAUGUUCGACUACUGUAGGAACGACUUGGACUUUAAGAACAUUGACCAUCUGGCCUGUACGGAAAUCCGUGCCGCCAAUUUGACGCACUGUUCGUUCAUGAGUGCGUGGACCCAAGGCGAUGCCUCACCGUUCAAGAUCAAAGAGGCACAUAAGGAUUGUGUAAAAACUAAAGCGCUGAACUCGGUGCUAGCUGUGAGGAAGGUCACAACCGAAGAAGCAAUUGAGGCCGUAGAACGAGUAUUUCCGAAAUGUUACAACGAUUUGGAGCCAGUCGGUCGGCGGAUACGGAGGAAUUCUAAGGAUAUGUACAAAGCGUACUUGGAGGGACCGAUGUACGGAUAUGACGUUGAUUAGUACCUAGGUAGGUUUUGCUGAGUUGGGCCUAGUAAAUUUAUGAAAUUACGAA